AUGUUGAAGAACUUCCUUCGACAGUCAUCAAUUGAAGAGAGCAGACGAAGUACAUUUGCCAGUAAAAUCGAUCGCAGCGGUCGUGAAGCGAAUGUGGCAUGCGUUAUUGCCUGUAUAGUGUGUAGUGGAGCGAGAGAGGAAGUCGUCCCGUUCUUUUUUUCUGGGAAAUUUUGCAGAAAGAAUUCCCAUUUUUCGUUCCGAUUACCCUUUGAGCUAUUUGUUGCUAUUGCUAUUGCCUGUGCCCUUCCCUAUUUGCUUAAAGUAUUUGUAUGCUUCGAAUUAUUCCGUAUUAGUUUGUUUCGUGCUGAUUUGACUUGA